CCCGCCAAGUGGACUAGGAAGUGCGCAUCAUCUUUAAUCCAAAGCUCAACCUUGCCGUCGCCGCUGUGUCGCCACCACUCCCUUCCACAUCGCUCACCCUGCAAACCCGGUGCACUUCUGCAGCAAUGUCCCGUGGAAAGAAGAAGGGCAAGACCAAGGCCAAGGGCGGCUCAGCGAAGAGCACUCCGCACCGUGCGCCCGCCAAACGCUCUUUGCAAUCAUGGGCCCUCCACGACGAGGAUACGUUUGUGCCAGCAGCAAUCGCAUCUAAAUUCACUCUUAAGGAUGAGGCCCGUUGGGUGUCAAACCACCGGACUACCGCCUUCAAAGAAGGCAACAAUUUACGUCACAUGCCGAUUCAAUUCGUAAGCGCUGGACAUCUCCAAGGUACCCUGAAGGAGAACUUGCCCGACGUCAAGCCUGCCCAAGAAGACCCCUCCCAGUCCAGUUCGGAGUCUGCUGCGCCUUCUUUGCCAUCUCCCACGCUAGACAACGCUGAAGCCAUGGCACAGAUGGCUAUUCGCAGUCCAUCGCCUGCACCUUCAGAUGCUUCGUCAAGUACCGAUGAGGUCCUCUUCAGAGGGCGGUGUAUUCAGCCUCCAGCUGCACCUGUUGUUACUGCGGACACAACUCCAGCACCACCGGUCACCACUACAGCAAAGGAUUCUACAAGUGAUCAAUCUGUACCACCAACCGAGGCAGCUGCUACCCAAGUAUCUGUAGAGCUCAGCAUCAGCACGAGCAGUGUAUCUAAGGUCCAAGAAGAGACCGUGUCGGAUCCUGACGAUGUAGAUCAGAGUCAGUUUGCAAAGCGGAGGGGUGAUAAACCUGCCUGGGAGGGUACCACCACCGAGUGGCAACACCGCAGUAAACCCAAAAUUGGGUGGCUACCCGUUUCAGACCGUCCCGAUAUGGAAGCUCUCCUGCAUGACAAUACCAAUUCGCGUGAUGCGGCCAUGGAUGACUACAUGCAAAAUGUUGAGGAGUUUGGCUUUACCGACGAUAUGUUAGCUGCAUCUGGUUUUGCUCGUCGCGAAAUGGAUUUGGAUAGAGGCAGCCACAAUGAUUGGGAAUCAGCAUCUGGAAGUCAAGACGGCGGAGAUGACGAUCAAGGUAGUGAAGACUGGAACUCGGAUAUGCUGCGAGAUUUCGAGGACAUGAGCACCUCAUCCGACGUCAUGGAUACCGUUGUACGCAUCCUGUCCAAACGGACCCGUAAAUCUGGCCUUCAUUAUCUUUGCGUCUACGAAGGUUCUAUCACCGAUGACGCUCGUUGGCUGCCAGCUACGUUUCUCAAAAGCCCUGCUGAGAAGCAAAUGAUUCAAGCUUUUGAGGCCGAGGCCUUUGAGCGUGAGCAGCAAAUGCUCGCAAGCAGCGAUUCUGCAGAUGAUUAUGAAGAUAUAGAUGAAGAUGACGACGAUGAGGGUGAGGAUGACGACGAGGACGACGAGGACGAAGAUGAUGAAGAUGAAGACGCAUAUGCUGAAGAACUAGAUGAUGAGACUAUCGCUAGGAUCUUACAAAAACAAGAAGAGCUCGGCUUAGGCGCUGACGAAGUGCUUCUCUACGGUGCUGACGACUUUUUCGACUCACCGGGCCCCACCAAGAAGUCGACUUUCGGUGGUUACGGCAAACCGAACAAGAAGCAGCGAGGUCGUGCGCGCGGUAACAAGGAUCCGACAUUCCCAUCAGCAUCUGCAAUGGUUGCAGCUCUUGAAAUGGACCCAUAUGGCGGCUUCGACAUCAUGGAUACCGAACGACCCUCACUAAAGCCCAAAAAGAAAGGUCGACGCGGCCAGCCACCACCGGAACUGGAUGAUUCUGAUCUGAAUGAGCAGCUCCAAAACGCUUGGGAGGCCGACAGAGCAAAGAAGCGCCUCAAGAAGGCGGAGCGUGAGGAGCUACGCCAGCAGGGUUUGCUGGGUAGAAAGGGCAAAGGCCCCAACCUUAAGGUCAAAUACCAGGGCGGCAUCGACAUGGAAGACAUCGUUGAAGAAAUACGCGAGUUCUUAAUGGGCGACAAAGAUACACUCUCGCUACCUCCCAUGGAGGCCUAUCGUCGCGCCACCGUUCACCAAGCCGCAGCAUUUUUUAACCUAAGCUCUCGCUCCCGCGGCGACGGCAUGGACAGAUUUACCAUUCUUUCCAAGACCUCCCGGACCCGCACAUACACAGACAACGAAUUCGAUAUGGCCAUCCAAAAGAAAGGCUUCCAGAAGCGUCUGCGUGGCCCUCUCUACCCUCAGGGUGCUAGUGGUGCCGGACGCGCAGGCAGAUUCUCGACCGUCAAGCACAAGCAGAGCGGUACGCGUAGCCGGCCUCAGCUAGGCUACAAGGAUGGCGAGACGGUCGGUGCAAAUGCUCCGGAGCUGGGACCUGAGAACAGGGGUCACGCGUUGAUGAUGAAGAUGGGGUGGUCUACGGGUACCGCUCUUGGUGCUGGGGAUAACAAGGGUAUUUUGAAACCUAUUCCUCACACAGUCAAGACGAACAAGGCGGGUUUGCAGUAGUGCUCUUGUCGCUCUUUCGGUAUGGCUUGAUCACACCCCCGUUUAGCGCGCUCGUGCAUGUGCGUGUAGGACGUUGUGUGGAGAGGGAUGGUUUUGCUAUGUAUACUGCGGCUAUGUGCGUGGCAUCAACUGGAUUUUCCUCCAACAGUCAUCCCUGUGAUGAUAAAUGUAACACUAUUCAUGGGUUCGGGGGGGCGUUUCGGGUUCAAAGAGCGAUUGCAUUGCACUGCACUGCAUUGCAGAUAUCGGCGUUGUAUUCCACUUUUUUUUCUAACUCCCGUCAGGAUAUCACAAUAGUUGUUGCGCAUUCGUAUAUGCACAUCAUAGAAAUUCUUGAAGUAGUAUCGCACUCCUUCAGGAUCGGAAAUUGAGCAAUCGACUACGCUC